UUUCAAUACGAGCAAGAGUAGUUGAUCGAAUGAGUCCUUAUUAAUGUGUGUUGAUGUGAUCAAUUAGUGAAAUAAAAUGGCCAGUACCAGCAAAGGGAAUCAUCAUGAUUACUCCGAUUCUUCGGAUUCAGAAAGGGAGGCAAAAAGAUUAAAGUUUAAAAAUGUAAACAGACAAAAAAAUAGACCACAAAAAUAUAGAUGUGAAUGGGAAAGCAAUCCUCAUUUCAAAGGAUGGUUGAAAGCUGUUAAAGAAAAACCCACUCCAGCAAAAUGUAUUGCUUGUGAUAGUGAAAUUCAAGCAGAUUUAACUGUAUUGAAAAAGCACAGUAAGGGAGCUAAACAUUUAAAAAAUGUAAAGGUUAUUGUGAAACAUCAACCAAAAAUUUCUACUAUGUUUUCUAAUAAAAACGAAGCUAGUGGUCAAGUGAGUAGGGCAGAAAUAAAAAUUGCUGCAUUAAUAUCAGAGCAUAAUCUACCCAUCAAGCUGUGUGAUCAUCUGAUUCCUUUAUUUAAAGACAUAUUUCCUGACUCGAAAAUUGCCCAAGGAAUGCAGAUGGGAAGAAACAAAGCAACAGGUGUUAUAAAACAUGUUUUAGCCAAAUCUCAUUUUGAAGAACUAAUCGAUGAACUAAACGCAAAAAAGUUUAGCAUUUUAGUAGAUGAAUCUACAGACAUAGGUGUAGUAAAAAAUAUAUGUGUAUGUGUUAGGUACUUUAGUGAAAAAACAAAUGAGGUAACUACAAAAUUUUUAAAUUUGGUUCAAUGUUUUUCAAAUCAAAAUCCAGAUGAAGCAAAUACAGGGGCGACUGCAGAAGUUCUUUAUAAAAAAAUUAUGGAUUUAUUUGAGUCUAACAAUAUACCUUUCCAAAAUAUUAUAGGAUUUGGUUCUGAUGGUUGUAACACUAUGUUUGGUGCCAAUAACUCAGUAGUAAGUAGGUUAAAACUAAAUCUUCCUGGCAUUAUAGUUCAAAAAUGCAUCUGCCACUCUUUACAUCUUUGUGCCAGUGAGGCUUGUAAAGUUUUGCCCCGUCAUUGUAAAGAUUUAGCCAGGAAUAUUUUUGGUUACUUUAAAAAUAGCUUCAAACGGCAAGCACAAUUUACAGAAUUUCAGACAUUUUGUAAUGUGGAGCUUCACAAAAUUUUACGUCCUUCACAAACUAGGUGGCUUUCAUUACUUCUGGUAGUGGUAGUGGAAAGGAUAAUUGAGCAAUGGAAUCCCCUUCAAUUAUAUUUUGUUAAAGAAUGGACCGAACAUAGACUGCAAGCUUCAGAAGUUGUUGCCAAUAGACUUAAUGAUAUGGAAACAAAACUUUUUUCUUUUUUCUUCAUUGGAUUUUACCAAAAUUUGUAAAAUUAAACGAAUACUUUCAAAGUGAGCGUGUAAUAAUUUCACACGUUUAUGAUGUAGUUUGUGAAACUUACAAAGAAAUUUGUUAAAGCUAUUUACAACCAAAUUAUAUUCAUAAAACCGAAAUAGGUAAAAUCGAUCCCAACAAUUCUAGUCAGUUCAUUGACUUGAAACAGAUAUACCUUGGUGUUCGCGUACUUCAGAACAUUGAUAAAUUAAGUCAAAAGGAAAAAGAAGAUUUCUACAUGCGGUGCCGUCAAUUUUUAAUAACUUCUGCAAAUGAAAUGAAAAAACGGUUUGAUUUUAAUGAAAACAUUUUGUCAAAAAUAUCAGUAUUUGAAAAAAGGUAUUCUAAACCAAAAACAGCAUCGCUUUUUCCAUUAAUUAAGUUACUACCCAGAAUUGUAGAUCCUCAAGAUAUUGAACAAAUACAAAAAAUUGAUGAUCAGUGGCGGAUGUAUUGCCAGUCAGAACCAAAUUUCAGUGAUGAAAUAGAGGAUGAAACAUCAAUCGAUAAAUACUGGUACAAAAUCUCCCAAAUUCACGACAUGUCUGAUGUUUACGUAUUUAAAGAAUUGGGAAAUUUUCUAUUAGAUUUAUUAGUAAUUCCUCAUUCAAAUGCCGGAUGCGAAAGAAUGUUUUCAAAAGUAAAUUUAAUCAAAAUAGAUGUCCGAAAUCGCUUGUACAGUGAUACAGUAAAUUCACUUUUAUUGGCAUCUCAAAGUGUAAAUCGUGAAUGUUAUAAGUUUAAUGUUACUCAAAAUAUGAUUAAUAGAAUAACGUCCUAUAAACAUGUCGCUCAAGAUGAAAAUGAAACUGUUGAUAUUCAUUUUGAACCUGAAUAAUCUUUUUAUGUUUUCGAGUUAGGUAUAUCUUGUAGUAUUUUUCGAGAGUUUGUUUGAUUUUCCCAAAUGUUCCAUUUAUUAUGAGAUUUUUACAUUAAAGAACCUAUAUUAAUUAUGUGUAUUUUUUGUCUUAAAGGAACACUAUUUGUAACAUAAUUUUGAAGAAAAAUUGAUAAUUCUGGCAACAUCGUAUCAUAAUUCCUUUACUGGCCGGUGGCAUCACUGGAUGCAACUCGUAAGGCUAGAUCGCUAGAUGUACUACUGGUUGCCUGCUAAUCCUGCUAUGAUUAUAAUUUUUGUAGGUUAGAAUUUAAAAAAGCACAAUAUUUAGAAAAAUAUCUAAAAAAAUAAGUAUAUUAAACAUAGAACCAUGUUAGGUAAUCGUUCAAUUUCUAUCCUCACCAAGAAAUGUUCUCAUCUGCCAUUUAUUCAACAAAGGAACAUGAUAAGACCCCGACAAGUAAGACACAUUGUAGAUGUCAUAGGAACGGUUAUGGAUAACACCAAAGUACAUUCUCUAAACGACUGGAAAAUCGUUAGAAAUACUAUUUUGGAGCAUGAAUUUAAUAGGGGACAAUAUACUAACAACAAUAUUGAUUCUAAGAUACUAGGUUAUUGUGCCCUAAAGAAGGACUGUGACCGGGGGACCUCUUAUUUGAAUUUCCUCAAAAGUGAAGAUAUCAAACCAAAUUUGGCUACCAUAGGGAAAUAUCUGAAGUUACUAUAUGCUAUAAAUGCUGAUAUUGUCUUUAUUCAAGGCAAAACACUGCCCAAAAUAGAGGAAGAACUAAUACUAAGGUAUUAUGAAGACUUGAGAAGAGACUAUCCAAUAUUAGACUCAUAUUCUUUGGAAAAUGCAGUAUUAGCUUUAUCUGUAACUAGUCAAUGGAAAACUUGUUUAGAUUUGUUACAAGAUAUUAAAGUUACUGCAACUCCAAAUGCUGUUUCAUAUAGCUCUAUUGUAGCUGCUGCAUUUUCUAAUAAAGAAGAAGACCUUGCUUGGCAAAUCUUAGAGGAAAUGUUUCAAUCUGAAAAGGUUCCAGAAAGCAUUGCAUUUCAUGCUUAUUUGAGCACUCUCAAAAAAAUGAGGAAAAAAUCCUUAAUUAUUGAGAAAUUAGAGAAACUAUUUUUGUUCUUCCAAAAUUAUGAUCUAAAAUGUACGGAAGAUGUGGCACUGAGUAUAGCAGAUUCUGCAGAAAAACUAGAGCUUAUGAAAAAUUUCACCAAGGUUUCUUACAAAGGGUUAUGCUACAAUUGCAGCAGCAAACUGAAAAAUUUUGAGCUAACCACAGAGGAAUUUGCAGAGUUAAAAUUAGGAGUUUUUGAAAAUGUCAUUGUAGGCAAAGAUAUAUUUUCAAGGACAAAUCCUGCUGAACUGGAAAAAUUCAACAAAUUUGUGGCAAAUAUGGGUGCUUUUGAUGUGGUUUUGGAUGGACUGAAUGUGGCUUAUUCUGCUGGUACCAAGCAUUCACCAUUUGUUCUAUCUGGAUUAAUACUAGGUUAUUGUGCCCUAAAGAAGGACUGUGACCGGGGGACCUCUUAUUUGAAUUUCCUCAAAAGUGAAGAUAUCAAACCAAAUUUGGCUACCAUAGGGAAAUAUCUGAAGUUACUAUAUGCUAUAAAUGCUGAUAUUGUCUUUAUUCAAGGCAAAACACUGCCCAAAAUAGAGGAAGAACUAAUACUAAGGUAUUAUGAAGACUUGAGAAGAGACUAUCCAAUAUUAGACUCAUAUUCUUUGGAAAAUGCAGUAUUAGCUUUAUCUGUAACUAGUCAAUGGAAAACUUGUUUAGAUUUGUUACAAGAUAUUAAAGUUACUGCAACUCCAAAUGCUGUUUCAUAUAGCUCUAUUGUAGCUGCUGCAUUUUCUAAUAAAGAAGAAGACCUUGCUUGGCAAAUCUUAGAGGAAAUGUUUCAAUCUGAAAAGGUUCCAGAAAGCAUUGCAUUUCAUGCUUAUUUGAGCACUCUCAAAAAAAUGAGGAAAAAAUCCUUAAUUAUUGAGAAAUUAGAGAAACUAUUUUUGUUCUUCCAAAAUUAUGAUCUAAAAUGUACGGAAGAUGUGGCACUGAGUAUAGCAGAUUCUGCAGAAAAACUAGAGCUUAUGAAAAAUUUCACCAAGGUUUCUUACAAAGGGUUAUGCUACAAUUGCAGCAGCAAACUGAAAAAUUUUGAGCUAACCACAGAGGAAUUUGCAGAGUUAAAAUUAGGAGUUUUUGAAAAUGUCAUUGUAGGCAAAGAUAUAUUUUCAAGGACAAAUCCUGCUGAACUGGAAAAAUUCAACAAAUUUGUGGCAAAUAUGGGUGCUUUUGAUGUGGUUUUGGAUGGACUGAAUGUGGCUUAUUCUGCUGGUACCAAGCAUUCACCAUUUGUUCUAUCUGGAUUAGUAGCAGCAGUUGUGCAAUACUUUGUAGAAAGAAACAGAAGUGUACUUGUACUUGGCAGGAUGCAUAUGAACAAAUGGCCUAAGAAGAAUUGGGGAUAUGUUAAUGACAAUGCUACAGUUUUCCUUACACAAGACAUCUCACAGGAUGACCCUUAUUUGUUAUACUGUGCUUUACACUCGGGGAAGAAUACGGUAAUAAUAACAAGAGACUUGAUGAGGAGUCACAAGUUUCGGUUAAAGUCUCCACACCUGAAAAUGAGAUUCAACAGGUGGUUGAAUCAGAAGCAGUGGCAGUUGAUUAGAGUUGAUGACAAAAAGGGACCUGCUUUUAGGAUACCUCCUGCUUUUACAAUAACGGCACAAAAAGUUGAUGGCAUGUGGCAUAUACCAUAUGAAAAAACUGCUGACAGGGGCAAGGACAAGGAUGAAUUUCAUGAAACUUGGUUAUGCUUCAAGUGUUGAAUGUCUGCAGUUUUCAUAGUUAUAAUACAUUUUUUUCUUAA